AUGCUGAUGGAUAACCUGGGCGUCAUCAAAGACGUAUCCAAGCCCCUGGGGGGUGCCCACAUCAUCGUGUGCGACCUCAGCCAGGAGACCCUCAAACGGGUGACCCUCCAGGCCGCCUGCCCCACCCCGCCGCCCGCCAAGUGCAAGGAGAACCUGCCGCCGGAGCCGGUCCGCACCGUGAACCUGCGCCGCAUGGGGCGCGUCGGCGACAUGGCAGAGAUCAGGGUGGGGUGGAGCCUGCCCCCUGGCGAUGCGUGCGUGCGGCAGUACAAGGUGGAAAUUCUCAACCUUUCCACACUCUUCAAGACCUCGCGCACCAUCGAAGUCCAGCCCGACACCGUGGGCUCUGUCAUCUUUAAAACGAUACCCUUUGCGGCCGGGACCAAGGGGCCCGCCUACCUGUUCAACGUGGUGGCCUCCAACAAGGCCGGCUCCUCCGCCGCGCGCAGCCUGACAGUCCAGACGUGA